GUCCGGAGUGAUCUUGAUGGCAGCAAGAGGCCACAGAGAUGGAUGAGACUGUUGCCGAGUUUAUCAGGAGAACCAUCUUGAAAAUCCCCAUGUAUGAAAUGAUGACAAUCCUAAAAGCCUGGGAUUUUUUGUCUGAAACUGAACUACAGACUGUAAACUUCCGGCAGAGGAAGGAACAGCUAGCUCUGGACUUGGUCCUGCGGUGUGAGGAAAAGUCUGCAAGUCUCAGUGACGCUGCCCUUUUAGACAUUGUUUAUACUCAAGUUCAUCGGCACCAGAAAGUUUGGGAUGUUUUGCAGAUGAGUGAAGGACCAGAUGAAGAUGAUGACUUUUUCGAUAUGGAACAAUUCAAAAGUUCAUUUACGAAAACUCUGCAGAGAGCAUUAAAAAAUGUGACGGUCAGCUUCAGAGAUGGAGAGGAGAAUGCGGUCUGGAUCCGAAUCGCCUGGGGAAAACAGUAUUCACAGCCUAACCAGUACAAGCCGACCUUCCUGGUGUACUAUCCCCAGACGCCCUACGCCUUCGUGUCUUUCUCCCCCCUCAAGAGCACCAUGCCCCUUGUGGGUCAGGCACUGAAAGUCGCUAGCAACCACCACCAGAUUGUGAAAAUGGACCUGCGAAGCCGACACCUGGACUCGCUCAAGGCCAUAGUUUUUAAACAGUAUAACCAGGUGUUUGAAAAUCACAACUCUACAACACCUCUGCAAGAAAGGAACCUUGGACUAGACGGAAAUGUGGAUCCCAGGAUCAUUCACGAAAACACAGUAGAAAAAGAGCGAGUACUAAGAACAACUGAAGAAACUUUUGGAGUCUAUCCUCAACCAAAACUCGAAUUUGCACAAUAUAAGCUCGAAACCAAGUUCAAGAGUGACUUGAACAGGGGCAUCCUGGCCGACCGGGAGGAGCCCCUCCGGUGUCUGGUCAAGUUCUCUAGCCCGCAUCUUCUAGAAGCACUGAAAUCCUUAGCGCCAGCCGGCAUAGCAGAUGCACCAAUCUCCCCAUUGCUCACCUGCAUACCCAGCAAGAGAAAGAAUUAUUUUAAAAUUAGAGACAGAUAAGGUCUCUGGGGCCUGGUGCGCUCCGCGCUCCCUGGCCGUGUUGCACGCGUGUUCCAGUUGCUGGCCGGCUUGUCUGUAAAUCUGCGUGCUCGGGAUUCAUCCACGUUGAAAACCUAGAACUGUUCGUGCUGGGACCGACGCUUUCCUCCUCUCCCCGUGGCCCCUUGACUGCUAACUCCAGCCGUGUGGGAGAGGUGGACGGGUGGGGGGAAG